AGACGCUACCGACAAUGUCUCCGUGAUGAGCUCCAUAUAAUCCCGUCUAUUGCAGCCCAUGUUCUUGUAAAUAAUAAAAUAUCCAUCCACACCCACCACUCUUCCUUGUCGAUCAUGAUCAUGAGUGACCACCACCACUUCUACUGCAAUCAAAACAAUCUGAAAGAAAAAAGAGAAACACGAUAAAUCUUAUCCAUACCUUACAAAAAGAAAAGAAUAAUGCGUUUUUCAAAUUGAAAACGACGCCAACAACUCAUCUUUGAUUCUUUUUCCCGAUUUGACUGCCUGUUUUUUAUUAUUUAUCUGUAAACAGCGAAAGUCUUCCCAGCCUUGUUUUUUGAUCAGGAGAGUGUUGACUUUGUUCAGAGGUUCUAAAGAGGUGAUCAGGAUGACGAGCACUCUCAAAGAUGGCAAGCCGGUGCCAGAGAUCUGUCCCAAAGAGACUGUAGGUGGAGGCGUCGAGGAUGUCUACGGAGAGGAUCGUGCCUCCGAGGACCAGCUCGUCACCCCCUGGACUCUCUCGGUUGCCAGUGGGUAUACUUUGCUAAGGGACCCUCAGUACAACAAAGGCCUUGCUUUUACCGAGAAAGAGAGGGAUUCCCAUUACGUGAGGGGUCUUCUGCCUCCAGCAAUAUUGUCUCAAGCGCUUCAGGAGAAGAAACUGAUGCAGAGCAUACGACAAUAUCAACUCCCGCUACAAAAAUACAUGGCCGUGAUGGACCUUCAGGCAAGGAACGAAAGGCUGUUCUACAAGCUUCUCAUUGAUAAUGUUGAAGAAUUGCUCCCAAUUGUCUAUACCCCAACUGUUGGUGAGGCUUGUCAGAAAUUUGGGAGCAUCUUCAGGCGCCCUCAGGGUCUUUACAUAAGUUUGAAAGAGAAGGGUAAGAUUCUUGAGGUGUUGAAGAACUGGCCUGAGAGGAGUGUUCAAGUUAUUGUUGUCACUGAUGGUGAGCGGAUUUUGGGACUUGGGGAUCUUGGCUGUCAGGGGAUGGGGAUUCCUGUCGGAAAAUUGGCUUUGUACACGGCACUUGGAGGAGUUCGUCCUUCUGCAUGUUUGCCUAUUACAAUUGAUGUGGGGACAAACAAUGAGGAGUUGCUGAAAGAUGAAUUCUACAUUGGGCUUAGACAGAGGAGGGCAACUGGCCAGGAAUAUUACGAACUUCUUGAUGAGUUCAUGAGUGCUGUCAAGAAGAACUAUGGAGAAAAAGUUCUGACACAGUAUGAAGAUUUUGCCAAUCACAACGCUUUUGAGCUGCUUGCAAAAUACCGCACAACUCAUCUUGUUUUCAAUGACGAUAUACAGGGGACUGCCGCUGUUGUCCUUGCUGGUGUUGUUGCAGCAAUGAAGUUAUUGGGGGGUAACCUGGCUGACCAGAGAUUUGUGUUCCUUGGUGCGGGGGAAGCAGGGACUGGAAUAGCUGAGCUUAUAGCUCGUGAGAUUGCAAAACAGGCAAAGGCUCCUAUAGAAGAGACCCGCAAGAAAAUUUGGCUUGUGGACUCAAAGGGAUUGAUUGUUAGUUCUCGUAAGGAAUCACUUCAACAGUUCAAGCAGCCUUGGGCUCAUGACCAUGAACCUGUUAAGGAUCUCUUAGGUGCUGUCAAGGCAAUUAAGCCGACAGUUCUGAUUGGAUCAUCUGGAGUUGGAAGGACAUUCACGAAGGAAGUGAUUGAAACUGUGUCCUCUUUCAAUGAAAAACCUAUCAUUUUGGCUCUCUCCAACCCAACUACACAGUCUGAGUGCACAGCGGAGGAAGCUUACACUUGGAGUAAGGGUCAAGCAAUCUUUGCUAGUGGAAGUCCAUUUGAUCCUUUUGAAUAUAAUGGCAAGACUUUUCUCCCUGGCCAGUCCAACAAUGCCUACAUCUUCCCUGGAUUUGGUUUGGGGGUGGUGAUCUCAGGAGCAAUCCGUGUACAUGAUGAAAUGCUUCUGGCAGCCUCGGAAGCCUUGGCUGGGCAAGUGACACAGGAGCACCUUGAUAAGGGUUUGAUAUACCCUCCGUUCUCUGGUAUAAGAAAGAUUUCAGCUCAUAUAGCUGCUAAUGUUGCUGCCAAGGCAUACGAACUUGGCUUGGCUACACGUCUUCCUCGUCCCAAGGAUCUUGUGAAAUGUGCCGAGAGUAGCAUGUACACUCCAGUCUACCGAAACUAUCUGUGAAUGCUCCCUAUUGCUGAGUCUUAACAAGUGUUUUACUAUGUCAAAACCUUGUUAUCGAGCUGGAUGUUGCUUAUGGUGUGUUUGGAAAUAGCUUUCAUGUAAAAACGGUUUACAACAUGUCUCUUGUCAAUUGGAGUGUUAUGUCAGUUCCGCAUAGUAUCAACAUUAUGUACCCCACUAUGUUUUUUCGUAAGCGUGUAUCCUACGGCAUGUUGAUUGGAAUAAAAUUGUAAUAUUCUUCCA